AUGCACUUCAGCAAGAUAGCCGGGCUGGCUCUGAGUCUUACAAUCCCAGCUGCUGGUAUCUCCGUUCCUCGAAGUCCAGUUCCUGAGCCCGCAUCUCCAAUAGUCUCGAAGUUGUUCUGUGACGUUACUAACACAAUCACGUCUGGAUCUAUCACGACCACUGACGCGACCGUUACGGCUACUGCAGAGGCGACUCAAACUAACUACGCUUCCACGACCGUUACGGAAUUUACCACGAUAACAUUAACCAGUACCACGGUCUCUAGUACUACCACACUCUCCCCCAGGUGUUUAACCAUCCGGGAUGAGCAAAAGCGAGCGGCUGCCGUUGCCACAAAGAAGCCUACAUGCCUCGCGAACUAUAUCGAAGGUCAGGCUCUUAGCUCGGCUUGCAAGUGUCUCUCCGUACCUACCACCAGCACAACUUGGACGGCAGUCGUAAAUAUUCCCGCAACUACAACAACUUCAGUCACAGUACCCAGAACAGUUGUCGCUACUGCGACCAUAACGCAGACCAACACUGCUACAGCCACUGUCACGAACACUGCUACAGCCAUUGUCACGAAUACCGAAACAGUGACUUCCACAAUCGUCACGCAGACAACUGAGCUGAUAGUUCCGACUGUACUUCUUCUAUGCUAG